AUGAAAAGGCUCGAUCAACAAAUAUGGGGAUCCGAAGACGAAGAAGAUAUAGACGAAGAACAAAAUAAGAACGAGAAGGAUGAACGAGGCAAAGGUGAGAGUACUGGUGAGAAAGAGAUGGGUGCUAAAGAUGAUGAACAAGGAAAAGAUGACGGCAGUGAAGGAAAGGAAAGGAAAAAGAAAGAUAUUAAUGAAAUGGAACCUGAAGUUGACGAUGAUCAGAUUGAUCCCUACCACGGACAACAACAAGAACUACCUGAACCCGAAGACUUUGAAAUGCCAGAUGAUUUAAACUUGGACGGCGAAGAAAAAGACGAUAAGGAUGGAGAAACUGAAACUGAAAAUCCGUUUGAAAUCGACGCGAUGAAAGAAGCUAUACAAGAAGAGGAAGAACAGAAAGAAAAUGACGAAGAUAAAGAUAAAGGAAAUAAAAAUGGUUUGGAAGUGUCCAGUGAUGAAGAAGGUGAAGGAAACGAUGAUGAACAGAACAAAGAGGAAAGUAAUGAAACCGAGCAAGACAAAGAGAAAGAUGAAAACGAAGAAAUACCGGAAGAAACAGGAGAUGAUGAAACACAAGUGGAUGAAAACAACCCGGAAACGGAACCGGAUACACAGGAUGACCCAGAGAAGGAAUUACCAAAGAAUCCGGAUGACAUAACGAAAGAUGAAGAAAAACAAGAGACUAACCAAGAUCCGAAUCCAAACGCGGAUCCUUCAAAUAGAGAUCCAUCGGCCGAGGAUAAAGUUGAGAACGCAGAAAUGGAAAAAGGAACAAAUGAUAAUGUACAAAUGAAUACGGAACCUAUAAAUGAUGAAGAUGCAGCGCCCUACGAACAACUCCAAGAACAAGUCGGUGAUAACAUCCAGUCAACAGGUCGCUCUGAACUAGAUAAGAGUGAUAAAGGACACAAGGGAGAUAAACAAGCGACCAGGGCAGAGGCUAAGGAAGAACGGAAUAAAUAUGAAAACAAACCAGGAAAGACACACCAGGAUAGAAGCUUGGGUGAUAUAAAUGAAAAGAAACACAAACAAGUCCAUACACUUGAAGCGGAGCAAGAUGGCGGAGAAGAUAGUGAACAAAAAGACGAACAGGCGGACGCUUACCAACACGUUAAAGAGGCUAACAAGGACGAUAUACAGGUGGUAGAUGCCGCAACGAAGGAACAAGCAGACGAACAACCGAUUUUACGUGAAGAUAAAGAUGCUGAGGAAUUGAAGGAAGAUGAAGUACAUAUGGAUGUAGAUGACGAUGAUAUGACGGUGGAAAAAUCUGAUGAAAUCAAACCAGAGAAAACAAAAGAUUCCAAGUCUAAGGACGAAAAUAAACCAGGAGAUAAGAAAGACGGCGAGGACGCGACCGGUGACACCGGGUUAGAUAUAGAAGGUACCACCGUGAUGACUGAAACCGUACCACGAGGAAGAGAUACCACCUACCACACAAGGCUCCAAGAAUCGUCUCAACAGGCGGAAGAUAUAACGAUGCAAGAGUACAUGUCGUUAAGGGAAUGGCUCGAGUCUGGUUCUAUCGAUGUAAGUGGCUCGAGUUCCGCUGCGUGGCGGUCCGUGUGGACGCAGAGCAGUGUCGCCGCUCGAGCACUCUGCGAGAGACUGCGGCUCGUGCUCGAGCCAACAGGCCGCUCGAGAAGAGCUGGUGAUUUCCGUACUGGUCGCGCUAUCAAUAUGCGUCGUGUGAUCCCCUACAUCGCGUCACACUUUAGAAAAGACCGCAUUUGGCUGAGAAGAACUAAACCAGCGAAACGAGAGUAUAAAAUAGCCAUAGCGAUAGACGAUUCAAGCUCAAUGUCCGACAAUAGAAGCAAAGAACUUGCGUUUGAGAGUUUGGCUUUGGUCUCUCAGGCAUUAAAUCUGCUCGAAUCCGGUGAUCUUGCGGUCUUAAGCUUUGGCGAAAAACCAAACCUUCUACAUCCAUUCACCGAACAGUUUUCCGAACACUCCGGGUCGAAGAUUCUAGAACAACUCCGCUUUGAGCAGACAAAAACAAAAAUAGCACAGUUACUAGAUUUCUGUACAGUAAUGUUCGACCAACAGAGCAUGAGAAGUGAUGCGUUAAACGCCAAGCUGUUGGUUAUCGUGAGUGACGGGAGAGGAAUCUUCUCUGAAGGAGAGACCAAGGUCAUACAAGCGGUGAGGAGGGCGCGGCAACAGGGCAUAUUUCUAGUCUAUGUCAUUAUUGACAACCCUGACAAUAAGGACUCAAUCAUGGAUAUAAGAAAACCAGUUAUAGAUCCAGUGAGCCACUCGCUAACUGGCUUCGUUCCGUAUCUAGACACUUUCCCAUUCCCGUUCUAUCUCAUACUAAGAGACAUGAACGCGUUACCUACAGUUUUGGGCGACGCCUUGCGACAGUGGUUCGAACUAGCGGCGAACACAGCUAACUAA